AUGAGAUACAAACAAAUGUCUUUAAAGGAUGCAUUUUAUUUUUUACGUGCACGACGACCCAUUAUUGGACCUAAUUUUGGUUUUAUUAAACAAUUAAUUGCAUACGAAAAAGAGUUGUAUGGUUAUACAACUGUGCGGUUUAUUGAGACACCAAUGGGUCGAAUUCCUGAUCUAUAUUUAUCAAGUCCACUACCACCAUCACGUUUAGUACGACAAGCAACAAUGAUUCCAAUUCAAACAAAAUCAUCUAUGUCAAUAAAUGCUCCGAUCACAUCAACGAAACAAAAUGUUUUAGCCCCGAAAACAUCUGUAUCACGUCCGGUAUCUGCCAUUAUGCGAUCAACAAAUACGUUACCUCUACGUUCUACACAAUCAAAUGGUUAUGGUAGAAAUGAGAAUGAUUUUUAUUUAACUACUGAAGCUGGAAAAAUUGGUUCUAGUGUAGAAAACGAAGAUCGUCAUAAUCAAGUUCACCAUCAUCAUCAUCAUCACCACCAUCACCAGCAUCAUCAACCGCCGUUUUUAUCAGUUACGCCGAAGAACACAUCUAAUCCACGAUAUACAUCUAGUUUCAUCAAACAAUCUCCUUCAAUCUAUCCACUGGGAACCACAUCAACAUUACCAUUAUCAAAAGUUCCAUCGGCAGUGAACAAUGGAUCAAUUACAGUUUAUUUGUAUAAACUAAGAAAAGACUUGAAAAAGAUGAAAAAAGAAACAUUUCGUGAAUUUGGUCUAUUUUGGUCUGUUGUCGAAAGCAAAUUUACUAUUACUAUUAACCAUAUUCGUCAUAAGUCAGAAUCAAAGACAUCAUCUUCAAUUCCAAUGAAUCCUUGCUGGACUACAUGUGACAAUGGGGGUGAUUCUAUGACAAUCGACGAAUCUUCUAAUCUCGUUCCAUGUGAAAAUUGUCUAAUGCCAUCUGUCAGUACACAACGUACAACUCAUUCAUCAUUCUCAUCAUCAUCACCAGCAACAUCUGUAACAAAUCCUGUUGAUGUUCCAUCGAAUGGAACUUUAACACAACGUUCAUCAUUUGAUUCAUACGGAAAUUCUUUAUCACCAUUCACAUGCGGUUGGACCGAAGGUUAUGGAAAUCAGUCUAUACUAUCUGAUUCAAGUGAAGAUCUGGAAGAGGUUGACGAUAUUUUAUCAUUAAAUAAUACCGAUGAUACCUCUCAUUCGUGUACAUAUACACCUGUUGAGGAUUUGGAAGAUUAUGAAGUCUUAUCAUUUGAUCAACCAAUUGAACAUACGUUGUAUAUUAAAGAAUUUCCUCAUACAACACCCUCCGAACAAAAUUUUUUAUGUAGCUGUUGCAAAAAAAAGAUGUCACCAUCAAAUGCUCGUCGUUGCUAUUAUUAUGGAGAUAUAUAUUGUAAAUCGUGUCAUUUAGGGAAUACAACCGUUAUACCAGCUAAAAUUAUAAAUAAUUUUGAUAUAAGAAAAUAUCCUGUAUGUCGACGAGCAAAAUAUAUUAUUGAAUCAAAUUUUCACUAUCCACUAUUCGAUAUUCAAAAUGAUAAUGCAGAAUUAUAUACAUUAUCCAGACGAUUAUUUCUUGUUAAAUCACAACGUAUUCAAUUGAAAUCGCUCUAUAAUUAUUUAAAAACAUGUAGUAUUUUAGAAAAGAGCAAUGCUUUAAUUGAAGAUUGUUUUCUUCGAGAUCUGUGGCCAAAAGAUCAUUUGUAUCAAUCAAUACAUACCUAUUCAUUACAUGAUAUUGUUACAUUAAAAAAAUUACAUUUAACAUUAAAUAAUACAAUUAUUAAUGCUAAAACACACGUUUUAACUUGUGUACUAUGUUCUCAAAAAGGAUAUUUUUGUGAAAUAUGUAAAAAUCGAAAAGAAAUAUUGUAUCCAUUUGAUGAUUUAAAUUUUAUUUCAUGUUGUCACAAAUGUUCAGCGAUCUAUCAUAACAAAUGUUAUCAAUUUGUUGAUAAAGAUUGUCCAAAAUGUUAUCGAUGUAUCGCGAGAACAGAACAACGUUGUGCUAUUGACUAUGAUAAUAAUUAG